GUAAGCUUGACCCUUCUCGUCCGGCCGAGUAAUCUAUCCGGGGAGCUUCCCCGCCUUCUUUUCUCCAUCUUUCUACAGUGUCCUCCACAGGACCAGUUAGGUAAAAGAUUCCUUGACGGCAGCAAAAGAGUUGAACAAACCACUCGACAGGCACUCAUGGAAGAGAUGGCCGACGUCCCCGAGUCCACGGACAAGUCACGGCAGAAGAGCUGCAAUGCAUGUGUUAGAAGUAAGAGGCGUUGCGACAAGAGGGCACCAAAAUGUGCUCGCUGCGCUGAGAAGGGCUUCUCUUGCGUCUACAUGAAUCAGCCAACCGGGCUCCGGGAGAUGAAGCGAUAUCGGGCGCCUGCCAUGUCCACCGGCGGGACAAGGACAGCUCCGGCGCCGCAGAUUCAGCUAGACAUGGCGGACUUGGAGGCGCUGGGCAUCCUUCCUGCCCAGGGCUCCGGGCAGGUAUCUUCGUCGUCGCCUUCCUUCGACGCUUCUGAAUUCAUCCUCGACGGCUUCUCCGGGUCCACCUCAACCAACGACGCCGAUCUUGACGUGGCCAUGGUGACCAAUCCCCCCACCGCCGCUCCUACCACAUUACUGUCCUUCCCCAUAGACAUGCCAAGCUUCGACUUCAACUCUCUCAUCAACUACGCAGCUAUCGACCCGGCCAAUGGCAACGAUAUGCAGCUCUGGCAUGUUCCCGAGUCCCCGAAGUUGACCGAGCCGCGGCUGUCUACCCCUCCGCCUCAACAACACCGUUGUUCCCCUCCCACCGACAUCUGUGCGCAACGCUGGAACGAAAGACUCGACGACGUUUGUGAGGGCAUGAAUUCAUGGAGUUUGCACGAACCCAACUCCAAACUCGGCUCCGUAGUUGAAUCCUUCAAGGAAUUCCCCUUCGUCUUCGCGAGGGAAAAAGAAGUCCCCUUCAUCCACCGUCACCUGUACAGCCAGGACACACCCAACGCCAUCUUCCGCGCCUACGCUGCCACAACCGCCUACGCCAAUCGAACCCCUUCUACGCAGGGCUGGGCCUUCCGUCUCAUCUACGAAUGCGCCAAAGACCUGGUAUCACCUCAGUCGACCCCAAAAAUCAGCCAAUCGCCGCAGCAGCCACAGCCACAGCCACAGCCACAGAAGGUGCAGUGCUCUGAGCUCAGUCUACCGUCAAUCGAGGCGGCAGGUCCGCCUUCUGAGAACCGUGAGUUUACGGUCAGAGAGAAGCUGGCGCGCACGCAUGCCCUUUUCCUGUACCAACUCAUUCGCUGCUUCGACGGGGACAUCGGGUUACGCGCCCAGGCCGAACGGGACAUGCCCACCUUCCAGGCAUGGUUGACGGAGCUAGAGGACCACCGAGACAACCUGGGCGACCAGGUGCUCCUCGAUGAGCAGACGCUCCGCGACAGGCCGCCCAAAUCCUGGGAGCGCUGGGUCAUCAACGAAAGUCUACGCCGCACGGUCAUGCUAGGCCACGGCUUCGUCGGGCUCUACGAGAUACUCAAGUCCGUUGGGACGUGCGAGGCGCGGGGCCCGGGCCGCUUCAUCCAUGUCCAUCGCUGGACCGCCUCUCGUCACCUAUGGGACGCCAAAUCGUCCGUUUCCUUUCUCUCCGCCUGGCGCGAGAAGCCACAAUUUGUCGUCGAGAAUUUAUUCAUCCAGGACCUCGCUAAACGCGCGCGUCCCGAGGAUGUCGACUCUAUGGCGCUAAUCGCACUUACAGCGUUCCUUGGCGUCGACGAGAUUAAGCAUUUCAUGGCUGGUAAAACAAUGGCUUGAGGGUUAAAACUUACCCAGAUCCCCUGAUCUUUCUAGUAUUAGUCAUGUUGUGGUAUUAGUUUCUUUCCGCUUCGUGGGCAUGGUAGAGGCGUAUAAUUCAAAGGAUCUGAGCGGGUCAUUUACUGGGGAGGGUAUGCAAUAUAAGAUACUGAGCGUCCUGGCAAGCGUUGUGUGGGAUGUGUUGAAUCUCUGGACGUUUUGGGGACGACGGAUGAGUCUUUGGAUAGUGGUAUUAUACUUGGUCAAUGACGCUAUCUUGUGUGGAGGAUAGUCCAAGCAGCGAAAAGAAAUCUAUCAAGCCCAGCGGAGUGUUAGAGACCUAGUCCGCCGACUUCUCGUCGCCGAAAGCCGCUUCUUGGUCCCUCGUAUCCAUCAACUCGAACAUCUAGAUGGCCCCAAGAAGCAUGGCAUAUAUAGAAAAGGAAGGCCUCCCCGACGCAGAUAGAAUAGAUGAAGCACGCUAUAUUCGUAAAGCUGCUCAUCCACAGGCA